AACGACAGAGUAAGAGUUGUACUGUGCUUCUGGGUUAAAAAAGAGCAGGAGCGGGGGCCGAAGACCCGACCCGAGCCCUCCUGGAGUCUCUCGCUCUCUCCCUCACCGGACUUGAAAUCGAAAUGGCGAGCAACUCGGUGCUUUAUCGGUGCUCUUUGGUAUCAUAUCAAUACACCAGCGCUGCUACUAUUAUCGUAGGGAGAAGAACAGUAGCAAUUUCUGGAAAUGGAUUUAGGGCUUGUAAACCGAUUCGUCUAGCCAGAAAUUGUUGCUCCAACUCCUGCUCCUACCCCAAUCCCAACGACUCCGCGUUUGUAGUUGCAAAUGACGAAAAGUACGGCAACAAACAGAACAUAAGUCUAACUCCUCGCCUUUAUGACUACAUCCUCUCCAACGUUAGAGAGCCUGAGAUUUUAAGGCAACUUCGAGAAGAGACUGCUUCUAUGCGAGGUAGCCAGAUGCAGGUAUCUCCUGACCAGGCGCAACUGCUUGCCAUGCUUGUCCAGAUUCUUGGUGCGAAACGCUGUAUUGAACUUGGUGUUUACACCGGAUAUUCGUCGUUGGCUGUUGCUUUAGUACUGCCAGAUUCUGCUUGUUUAGUUGCCUGUGAAAGAGAUGCUAAGUCUCUAGAGGUUGCAAAAAAGUACUAUGAGCUAGCUGGUGUUUCCCACAAGGUUGAUGUGAAGCAUGGAAUGGCAGCGGACAUCCUAAAAUCAUUGAUUCUGAAUGGUGAAUCCUGCAGCUAUGAUUUUGCAUUUGUUGAUGCGGAGAAGAGAAAGAAUCAGGAGUAUUUUGAAUUGCUAUUACAACUGGUUAGGGUUGAUGGUGUCAUUGUCAUUGACAAUGUUCUUUGGCAUGGCAAAGUUGCUGACCCACUGGUAAAUGAUGCUAAGACGGUUAGCAUCAGAAGUUUCAAUAAAAAUAUAAUGGAGGAUUCACGUGUCAGCAUCAGUAUGGUACCUAUCGGGGAUGGCAUGACAAUCUGCCGAAAGAGAUGACAUUUUCACAGGCUGACAGUGAUUUUUUGAUUCAAUGAUUCAUUUCAUGAGCGAAUGAGAUACAAAAGCUGUAACAGAUUGAACAGCGCCACGACAAGGCGAAAAUGAGGUUAUUUCAUUGACAAUUAACUAGUGUAUUGGUUAAGCAUUGAGUUCUAAGCCGGGAUGAUGAUGAGCAGGCCUGGGAAUGUGAUUCCAUUAUGACUGACAAAUUUGAAAUGCAAAUCUGCACUUAACAUGGUAUUUGCGCAUGCUCCUUGAAAAUUCUUGCUCCUGUUGCAGAAAAAAUUAACUGUUGUUGCAAUUAGAUGAUAACAGAAAUAGUUGGGCACAUUGAUUUUCGUUUUAACUGUAAUAAAAAUGUUAUCAACGCAACGAGGAGAAGUUAUAUGGCAUGUUUGCAUGCUGUAUGACACUUUGCUUUAUAGUGAAUAUCAAGCCUUUAGCUGCUCAUCAAAACGUAAAUUGCUU